AUGUCUACGAACAACAGCCAAGCAUCGCAGGCUCUUGGGGCGAGAGCCCUCGGUUCGCCGGCCUAUUGGACUCAGUUUCGCCUUGUCAACUACCUUCAUAGAGCUGGUGUGGCGGCCUCAUAUCCAAUUCGGGGAAUCUGGUACUUUUCACGCAGCAGAGAGUUCUGGCCGCUUUUCUUCGGACGACUGUUGCCCCUCUCUGUGAUUUCCUUUCUUGUAUACUUUAUUCUCUUCGCUUUUGCGUUUCUGCCACAGUUUGCGUUUCUGGCAAUUUUCCACGGAUGGGGUGCCUGGGUCAGCGCAGUGGUGCUGGUUUUGGGAGAGGGACUGGUCAUUAUUCAAGGCCUUUUUGAAGGAUUUUUUGUGGACGAGUGCCGUGUGGAUGUAUUUGAUGCUACCCUCAUUAAACUUGGUUGGAUAAAUUUACUACGCCCACAUCGAUUACUAUUUGAUGACGCUCCAACAGCCGUCAAGAUGCUGGGAAAGCCCACAAGUUCUGCAAUCUACACGCCAUGGAGUGUGAUUCAGAUCGUCGAGCUGAUCGUUUUCCUCCCCCUCAACCUGGUCCCAUGGGUCGGCACUCCCGCCUUCAUUAUUAUUACUGGGACAAGGCUCGGAAAGCUGGCGCAUUAUCGCUGGUUCCAGCUCAAGGGGUUUUCUAAGCAAGAGGCCAAGAGGGAAGCUAGGACCGUGCUGUGGGAGGACGUUUGGUUUGGAACAGUGGCUAUGAUCUUGGAGCUGAUCCCCAUCCUCUCCUUCUUCUUUCUUCUCACUACGACGACAGGUGCAGCCAUUUGGACAGCAGAGAUGGAAAAGAAAAGAGAAGCCGCGAGCGCUGGCCCUACACAACCGGAAGCUAUAGACGAGGAUCAGCCACCCGCGUAUUCUGACAUCGUAUGA